AUGUUUUUGGAAACAAUUGAUCCAGUUACCGGACGACAGACAUGGAAGGUUGCCGAUGAAGAUUAUGAUAUUGCCCAAGAAAUUGCUCGUAGUGGAUUUGGUGAUAUGAUUCAUGAUUUCGAAAGGAAUCAAAAGUAUGAACUUGGACUAAAAUCAGUAAUUGGUCAGUUUAAAAAAGAGAACGAACAAGUGCAUGUCCUAGACAUUGGUGCUGGUACUGGUUUACUAUCAAUGAUGGCUAUGAGAGCUGGUGCUGAUAGUGUGACAGCUCUGGAAAUGCUAGAACCAAUGGCGAAAUGUGCGGAAGAGAUUAUCCGAAAAAAUGGCUAUGAAGGACAAAUACGCUUAAUUGCAUCACGAUCAACUGAGUUGACGGAUGAACAAAUUAGUACUAUUGAAAAAGGAAAUGUAAUUGUUGCUGAAGUAUUUGAUACUGAAUUGAUUGGUGAGGGUGCGUUACGAACAUUCAAGGAAGCACAUCAAAAAUUAGUUAAGCCUGGUUGUAGAGUAGUUCCAUCAUCAGCGCGAGUUUUGUUAGUUCCUGUACAAAGUGAUUUUCUUAUGCGUUUUCAUCAGCUUCCAUCACGACACUUCAAAGUUCCAGAAAUUAGUAAACGUUGUCCUGGUGCAGGAGCUAUACAUGACAUUCACGUUUCGGAAAUACCGGAGGACGAGAUUCGCGUGCUUGCCGAACCGUUUGUAGCUUUCAGUUUCGAUUUUGAAGACGGUUGUUCUAUUAAUUAUAAUGAAACAGUUGUCAGAACAUUUGAUGUUGAAUUAGAUGGUACAUUUGAAGCACUUCUGAUGUGGUGGGAACUUGAUAUGGAUGGUACAGGACAAAAUAUAUUAAGCACAGCGCCAAAAUGGUGGAAUAGAAAAGAGAAUUGGCGUGAUCAUUGGGUGCAAGGUGUUUAUUAUCUUGCUCAAAGUAUUCAGGUUCGAAAAGAUGAAACAGUUGCGCUUCACUGCUGUCAUGACGAAUUCUCUUUCUGGUUUGCUGUACCUCAGAAUGAAUUUGAUGCUUUUGAACCCAAUUUUUGUCGAUGUAAAACGCAUGUUGCUUGCUCACGAAAUGCAAUUCAUCGCUUGAACGAACUUGAUGAUGAUGUUGCUUUUGAUCAUUUCUUAAGAGAGAACUUUACAGAAAAAUCGGUGGCUGUACUUGAUGAUGGUUCACUUAUGAGUUUAUUGCUUUCGAAAUAUGCGAAAAAAGUCAAAAUUAUUGAACCAAAUGACCAUUUUCUGGCAGUUAUUUUGGCUUACAUCGAAGAAAAUCAAAUACGGAAUAUUCAGAUAUAUGAUGAUUGUGCUUCUGUUCCCUGCCAGGAAAUUGAUGUCGUUGUAUCAGAACCGUUUUACUUGUCAUCUUUUCUUCCAUGGGAUAAUCUGUGCUUUUGGUUUACGGCGCAUAAAUUAUCGACAUUCUUCAAAUCUAGAUAUUUUCCUUUGUCGCCAGGAAAAGGCCUAAUGUAUGCAAUGCCAGUCUUAUUCGAUGAAUUAUGGAAAAUAGCUGCUCUGUUUGGUAUUGUGGAAGGCUUCGAUUUAACAUCUUUUGAUGAUGUGAUUGUAAAGGCUCGAAGUGCUGUAGAUGCAAUGGUUGAUCCUCAUCCGCUAUGGGAAUAUUCUUCUAUCGUAACUGGAGAACCAGUUGUACUUGCUGAAUUUGAUUUUAAUGAACCACCAUCUCAUGCAUCUUUUAAGGCCAAAAUUACUCCUUCCAUGAUUGGUACAAAUGCUAUCGUUUUUUGGAUGGAUUGGAUUCAUGGCGAUUAUCGAUUAACUAGUGGACUUUUAAACAAACCUGAAGUAGGUGAACGACCAAAAUGGUCUAUUUCACAUCGACAGGGUGUUCAUUUUCUUCCGGAAUUAGAACGAUCUUUGCAGUCCUUUUCUUCCAUCAACAUUAAAGCUGACUUCUGUCCUAAUGCGCAAUUUUUAUUUCAUUUUUACUAUGAAGCUUAG